GUGUGAGAGGGAAAGAAGAAAACAGGCAGGGAUGGAGAGAAGAGAGGGAAUGAGAGAAAGAAGGUGAGACAUUGGGAAGGAUCCGGACAGGAGGUGACCGCCCGGUGUUGUAGGGUGAAAGUGUGUGUGCGUGAAGGCGUGUGUGCGUGGGCGCGCGUGUGUGUGUGAGACUGUGUUGCGCUUGUGGCAGGGAGACCGCAGAGGAGAAAUCCACACAACUUCCAGCAUCCUCCCUGCGCCGCGCCGCGCUGCGCCGCUGCCGCCACCGCCGCGUCUCUUUCCCCUCAGUCUCUUCUACCGGGACACAGGCGGCUUGGCGCGGUGAGAUGUGAAGAGGCUUGAAGUAUGGCAUGCGAGGAUGCUGUUCGCAAAGAAGAAGGAGAUGGUGACGGCGACGAGACCCGCGUUCAUUCGGACCCUGGUCUACUUUUUCUGUUUGACGACUUGUGCGAAAACAAUCUCCGGACAAUCAAGGAAGGAUGAGAGGAUUUACCCGGAGAAUUUUACUCGGAUUUUGGACCGACUCCUGGACGGCUACGACAACAGGCUGCGACCUGGAUUCGGAGGUCCUGUGACAGAGGUGAAGACUGACAUUUAUGUGACAAGUUUUGGGCCAGUCUCAGACGUUGAAAUGGAAUACACUAUGGAUGUAUUCUUUCGGCAGACCUGGGUUGAUCGGAGAUUGAUGUACGAGGGUCCAGUGGAGAUACUGAGACUUAACAACCUGAUGGUGACCAAGGUCUGGACACCGGACACUUUCUUCAGGAACGGCAAGCGGUCAGUCGCCCACAACAUGACCGCGCCCAACAAGCUCUUCCGCAUCAUGAAGAACGGCACCAUCCUUUACACCAUGAGGUUGACCAUUAGCGCCGAGUGUCCCAUGAAGCUGGUGGAUUUCCCCAUGGACGGACAUGCCUGCCCCCUCAAGUUUGGAAGCUACGCCUAUCCCAAAACGGAGAUGAUCUACACUUGGACCAAAGGGCCUCAGCAUUCGGUGGAGGUCCCUCCCGAGUCCUCCAGCCUCGUCCAGUACGAUCUCAUCGGCCAGACGGUUUCCAGCGAGACCAUUAAAUCAAUCACAGGUGAAUAUGUGGUGAUGACGGUCUACUUCCACUUGAAGCGGAAGAUGGGCUACUUCAUGAUCCAGACGUACAUCCCCUGCAUAAUGACAGUGAUCCUCUCUCAAGUGUCCUUCUGGAUAAACAAGGAGUCGGUGCCGGCGCGGACCGUUUUUGGCAUCACCACCGUCCUGACCAUGACGACACUCAGCAUCAGCGCCCGCCACUCUCUCCCCAAGGUCUCGUACGCAACCGCCAUGGACUGGUUCAUCGCCGUCUGCUUCGCCUUUGUCUUCUCUGCCCUCAUCGAGUUCGCCGCCGUCAACUAUUUCACCAACGCACAGAUUGAGAGGGCCAAGAAGAAGCCAGGCAAGUGUCCCCCCGUGCCCCAAAGCACGCCCGUGAAGGUGAAGGACACAGAGGAACUGCAGCAGCAAGUUGCCGACACCAACGGCUCCCUGAGGAAACGGAUGAAUUACAUCUCGCACCAAGACUUGGCGGGCCAGCCGAGAGCCCAGUCCACCACCAACAUCUCAGGGCUGGGAAGAGGAAGGCGGCUGAGAGCUCUGGCUGGCGGCGCCAACAGCAGCUCCUCCACCCUCUCCCGCUCCAGCCCCAAGUCCGAGAGCCUGCUGAGCGUGGCCUCGUCCUCGGCGCAGCUGAUGAAGGGCACGCCUCAGCCCGCGGCGUCCAGCCCGGACGUGAUGGCGGGGACGCCGGGCAGGCGGGACGCCGGCCCCGCGUCUCUGCAGCACCUGCUCGGGCCCAAGCUGGAGCGCAUCCAGAUGAUGGGCAACAAGCUGGAGCCGAAGCAGACGCCCUGCUCCCAGCCGACCGCCGCCGGCAUGGGUGGAACCAGCAAAAUUGACAAAUACGCCCGGAUCCUGUUCCCGGUGUCCUUUGGGGCGUUCAACAUGGUCUACUGGGUGGUCUACCUGUCGAAAGACACAGUGGUGGCCAAAGGGGGAUAAAUCUCGCUCUGGCUUGAAGGUUCAUUGUGAUUUCCUGAUUUCCUCUAGCGUGGAUACAACAACAACAACAACACACUGCUGGCUCUUACCAGACAGUUCAAUGUGCUCAUCCGUCAACAGUGGAUCCUGGACAACGUGUUUGCGAUGCGUUUGCUGAAGGACCACAAGCAUGGGAACAAAUCGUUAUAAUUAGAACGAACUGACUCGGCUUAAGAAAGAACAUGCGCACACUGGAAUACUCCACCAUCCUCUUUCUAUUUCACAUUGCCUCAUCUGAUUGUAAAGGUCUCCAACUGCCUGGUGAUCCAUUUGGCCUGGAGAAAGCGUGGGGAUUUGUUAUUUUCCUAUUUUUGUACCCUGUAACCUUUCGGGAUGCUUGGAUAUGUCAUCAAUCGGAACUGAACCUCGCCCACAAUGUACAAUAUAUAUAUAUAUAUAAAUAUUUAUUUAUUAGGCUAAACAGAUUUAUAUUUAAUGUGCAAACCUGAUGCACUGCUGUGCCAAUAGAUUUAAGGAUUAAAUCCAUCGGAGAGCACAAAGAGAUCUGCGUUGGUCUUAAAUGCUCUCUGGAAAAACGAGUGUCAAGCUGAAAAGAAGAAAUUUGAUGAGAAAGGCCUCAAACCGAAGCUUAGAGGAGCGCCGGUCACGAAUGGUUGAGCGGCGAAAGCUUCUUGCGCCGAACCUCCGUGUGAAGUAUCUGCGUUGCACAAGAUGGAUUAAGCAAUACGGAGAGAGAAAAAAAAAAAACACAAGAUGAAAUGUGGGGAUAAAUCAGGAACGAAGUGGAGGAGACGUGCUCACAGUAGUAGGGUUUAAGCUUCUUCACUGUCUGGCCAAGAUUCAUACUUUGAUUACGUAAAAUGGAAAAAAAAAAAAAAAAUCCACAUGAGCAAACAAAAACAAAGACAAUGGAAAGACAUUUACUAGUAGAUGUAGAGGAGGGAAAGUAAGUUGCUGUUUCUUCUGGAGCUGUGAUUCUUUUUUUAAUGCGUUUCGCUGGAAAUCAUCUGCUGUGCGACACAGAAAGGUUCUGAGACACAGUAACGGUGUUACUGAACCCGCCCAAGGGCGUCGUCAACCCAGACACCUGGAUGGGGUUUCAUCUUGUUUCAGGCAGCCAGAUGUUACCUUAUCGUCAGUGCAGCUGUUGGUCACUUAGACGGCAACGCUUCAUUUUCCUGCCGCUCGUACACUUAGCAGUGCCCUUGCUUUCCAUUCAUCGAAAGGAUAAUUCAGUUUCUUCAAGGUGAAGUUUUGCGUGCAUUAUAUCAUCAGUGAUAGUUCCCUUACAACACGCGGUAGAUGUUACGCUGCGGAAAGUUUGAGGAAAACUGAAGAAAUCCUCAGAGGAGUGGAAGGUCAAAACCAAAUUCUGACUUGGAAAUUUGGAAACCGGAGUGAGUUUCAUAUCCAACACAGACCACAUAAAGUUGAGUCUAUCCAUCUAUAAUCUUUUGCCUAAUCCAGGAUGGAGUCAGCAGGCUAAACGGAGAGCUCCAGUUAAAAUCACUAAACCUUAGAAAGUAUUUUUGGUCUAGUUUCUAGUGUAGAUAUCGUAGUACUGGAAAUAAGACAAAACUAACUUACAAGUAACUUCUCAGCAAGAAGUAGGAGUUCUAGUUUCUCUAGUAAAUUAUUUAACUUAUGUUAUAAAUCACGGGUGUCAAACUCAUUUUCGUUUUGGGCCAAAUCAAGAUCAUGAAUGCUCUUAAAGGGCCGGUUGUCCCAGAAUGUAUUGAUUAAACCUGCUCUCAAACUGUUAAAAUAUCAAUUCAUUCUUACAAUUAAAUAAUAUUCUUUAUAAUAUAACAUCUUUUCAGUCCCUCCAGGAUUUCAUGAUUCUUGUUGUGAUUCUUUGCAAUAAAAAUUUAAGUGUUUGUGGUUCUAAUUUGGACAUAUUUAUGAUAUUUGUGCUUCUUUAUGACGAUAAAUGCAACUUUUUAUUACUCGCUGUAUAGAUCAUGGACUAUAAUCUGACAUCAAUUGAAGCUGAGGCGGCUGUUUAGUACAAGUAAGAAAGUUUUUGACAAUUUUUGAGAACAAUCUGCAAUAAACUCCCGACUAUUAGUGCAAAAAAUGCAGGGAUUUGUUUGAUUUUGUGUGGAUUUCCACAAUAAUUUUCAAGCAACUGGAGGGACUGAUUGAUAUAAUUUGGCAGUAAACAGAUAAAAACUGCAUUGAUUUGAUUGAAAACAUCAUAUUUAAGCAGACUUAAUAUUUAGUCUAGAAUCUAGAGGGCCACUUAAAAAGCUAUGGCGGGCCAGAUUUGGCCCACAGGCCUUGAGUUUGCCACAUGUGGUGUAAGUGAAAAGAUCUGCCAGGGACGCCAGCACUUCUUCAUGAGUAUUAAGGAAUUACUGACUUGAAACAAGCUCCUAUAUCUUGCUUGAAAAGUUUCUUGUUAGUUAGUUUUGUCCUAUUCCAAGUGUAUUUGCACUGGAAACUAGACAAAAAAGAAAAACUACUUGGUGAGAUUUAGAGUUUUUUGCAGGGCUCCGUUUACUGCAGACUGCGUCACAACUAGCGAUGACGACUUCAGCGAACCCCUAUCCCUUCAACGUCGCUCGACACGUUUCUUAAACAUCUCCGCAACAAACGAGGCCACGUUUAUUAACUGUUUGACUUAGGUUAGCACUUGAACACUCAAUGACCCAGAUUCCCAAGCUGUCGCCGGCACGUCCAUUUAAAAUGAGAAAUGCAAAAAUAGAUCCCUCGUUUUUCUUAGGUGAAAUGGCAAUGCGGAGUUUAAAUGUUGCCUUCACUAAACAUGGAAGAAAAUCACACAAAUGGUUUCCUCCUCUGGGCGUGGAAGAGAUUCUGGGCUGCUGUGAGAUUCUCACGCAGUAUGACGGCUUUCAUUAGAAGCACAGUGUGUGCAAAAGACUUGCAGAAAAUGUUUAAAUGUCUUACUUUCUGUUUAUGCUGCAUCUCAACUGGUUAACGGUCUGCACUGCAAAAACACAAAACGUUAAAAAGCAUUUUUGGUUUCCAGUGCAAACAACUUAGUACACUUGAAAUAGAGUAAAACCUAUUUACAAGUAAGUUUUCAGCAAGAAAUAGGAGUUUGUUUUAACUCAGUAAUUGAUUAAUAUUGAUGAAAACAUACUGGUGGUAAGCGAAAUAACCUGCCAGUGGAAUAAUACAUUCUAUCCUGCAGUAUAGUAACUUAAGGAGGCUUGUUCCACUGAUAGAUUAUUUCAAUUAUAAUAAGUAUCUUUUCCUCAACAUUAAGGAAUUGUUGACUUAAGCUCCCAUAUGUUGUUGAAAAGUGACUUGUAAGUUAGUUUGUCUUAUUUCAAGUCUACUAAGAUAUUUGAUAUUUGGCAACAUUUGGUAUUUUUGCAGUCUACCUGCAGCACACACCUGUAAUGUUGUGAAAAAUAUUCUACUGUAUUAAAUCAGACCUAUGGUGCGAGAGAGACGCUUGCUAUUUCCUCCUUUGCUGACAUUAUUUUAGCUUUAAAACAGUAGGUUUCUUGGUUGUUGUUUUUUUUUUAAAGUGACCUCCUCUUUUAGUUUCAACACUAUGACUAUGCCAAUCAGACAAAUUGUAAUUGGUGGACUUCAAAACCCCGUGAAAGGUACAGAUGGAAAAUAUGCGUGUUUUAAAACCUUCACAUACCCUGGUACGGAAGUGGAUCUGUGCCAUCUGUGACUAUUAAUAGCUAAAACUCGACCUUUCUUACUUUAUUCAUAAAUCUGCACUGGUGGAAAUAAGAUAGUGAAUGUAAUGUCUCAACGACUGAUCUUCAUCGAAUCUCCACGCUUUAACCUAGGACUGAACAAUAAGUCAAUAACCAUAAAAAUAGCGCAACAGACACGUGGUCAAUAUCAAUACUGUGUGUUUACUGACACGUCAGUAAACAUAUUACCAACAGAGACAUUACCAACCCUGACCAUAGGUGGCGCAAGACAGGAGAGAGAAUGGAGAAGAAGAAGAAGAAAAAAGACCGUGAGGAAGACGCUGUGUUUGUGGACUGUACAACUAUUGCUUUGGUUAAAUAAAGACCGUUCAACAAUUAUUACCUUUUUCCUUUGACUGUACCAAAGAAUACUCAGUAAUUUCACUGAACUUAUAUCCAGAACCGCAUAGCAUUCUGGGGGAUGUAGGCAAAGGAGGAAAGACUUUAAGCGCUCAAACGCUUACGGCUAGUAAGCUCAACUCACUCACUCUUUAGUUACCUCGCAACAACUUGUCGAGUAACUUGCAGCAGCAGUUUAAUUUGUCGUCACUGUGCCUCAUAACUGCUUAAAAAUUAACGUGAAGUGAAAACUGGGUAAAACAGUUAAGGGCACAGCGUCAGUUUGGCAGCAUUUCAGAUAUUUAAAACAAAAAACUAAUCAACAAUUAUCGAUAUUGACUGAUACGAAACGCUUGUUUCGUGACAGGUUUUUCAACCAUAACGUCCAGCCCUACUUUAAACCUAACGCCAAGAAAAUAGAUCUACCUCACCUCAGUGUUCACACUAAUGUUCGAGUCAGACAGGAAACUCUGAAGUAUGUUAUUAAAUCCAGUGAAAAGACGCACUGUGGCACUUCAUGGAAACCUGGUGAAAAAUCAAAAGCUCGAGUCCGUUGGCGGUAAAACGAUUCUUGUGUGGUCAAAGCACACAUACCAUUGUCCUGAUAGCAAUAGGCAACAUGAUGAUACAAAAUUGUCCUCCCAGGUCUUCUGUUGCUGUAGUAGGAGGUGAAGUAGAGAAGUCAUUGAGCUGCCUAAGAAAAUGGACUGGAGUGUGUUGGUGCAAAUGCACAAGAAAAUAUAGUUGAGAAACCACAACAAGAGAAUAUGAUGGGAGUUAUUGUUUGGCGUGCUGAGAUGAGAAAGUUACCAUGUACGGCAUAAAACCUUCCAUUUUGGACCGGUGACUAACCAAAAUGAGGUGGUACCAGUUGUCUCGCUGAACAGUUGGCGGAUGAGCACGUCUGCUGACGGACAUGUCACAUGGACGGGGAUUCGUGAUGCAAUUUGUACCUCGUUUCUGCCUCUGAUAAUAACCGUAUCGUCCAUGUGUGGUUGUUGCUCCUCGUCGAUUGGUUGGUCCGACAGGAGUGCUGAUGUUGAUGAGAAACACACGGGGCUGAUAGGCAGAUCAAGAACCUCCACACACCACUCCACUCUCCUGCAGUUAACCAUGUGUGAAAUUGAUUUUGGCAUCAUUAGCUCUCCAUUGAUCUCUGUUUUUUUUUUUUUUGGUUUUUUUGCCUGUUUGUUUUUCUGCAUUUGUCUCUAAUAGGGUUAAACAAAGCAUAUCCCAUUCAGAAAACACAAGACAUCCGGGGGACUAAUGAGGACCCUGUCAGCAACAGAUUGAUGUUUGCUGCCCCAACCGUAACCCCAUAUUCCGUGAUUUCUCUGAGCAUGAGCGUGAUUGAUUGGAGCUGCCAAUGCAAGGUUGUGUUUUUUGUUUUUGUUUUUUUUGCUGGUGCUUUGUUUUUCUUUUUCUUUCUAGAUAAACAGAUUAAAGAUGCUCACCUUGACAUUUUUGAUCGGAGGAUCGGCAUACAAAGUCGCAUACAAAGAAGAGCUUUCAAUUUAUCACUAUCAAGGAAAUCUGAAGCGGCGACUGUCAAACAGUUUGCCUUUGAGUGGGUCCGUGAUGGAAAGUUCUACACGGCACUCAGGAGGCAAAACAUGGCUUCACACGCCCUCUAGUGGUUCAGUUCACCACUAGAUUUGCUUGCCAUUUACCCAUACAAGGCAAAUAAGGAAUUUCAUUUCCUCGAGGUUUGGUUUUAGGGACAUACAGUGUUGUGAAAAAGUAUUUGCACCCUUUCAAAUGUCUAUUUUUUUUUAAAGGUAAUUUUAUUUUUUGCUUUUUUUUGGCACAUGUAAAUGUUUCACAUCAUUAAACAAAUGUCAUAGGAAAAAAAGAUAACCUCAGUGAGUACAAAAUUGAGUUUUUUAAUGACAACUUCAUUCAAAUGAAGGAGUUAUCCAAACCAACCUGUCAUUAUGUGGAGAAAUAAUUGCUCUCGUCUUGGAAUCAUGAUAGUUUGGCUCGACCACAUUUUUUGGAUAAGUGAGUUUAAUGUCAAUCUGUAUCCAGGCCUGAUUACUCAAGAAAGUUUCAAGGUCAAAACCACUGGUGACCAAGAGGUCAAAGGUUGUGGGGUACCAGGUCCUUUGAUAUGGGCUGUUAGAGCCCUUUAUGGCCGCUGUCAUAUGGGAUCACCUUAUCACAGCCAAGGGACGGCAUUGCUGGCAGUAAGCCAAAGGUCAAUGCAGCUUGGACUCCAUCAAGGUUUCCCUUUGCCACCAAUUCUGUUUGUAACCUUUGUGGAUAGCAUUUCCAGGUGCAGCAAAGGCAUUGAAGGGAUCCAUCUUGGUGGUCUUCCAGUCACGUUCCUACUUUUUGCAGAUGAUGUGGUCCUAUUGGCUUCAUCAGGUUGUGAUCUACAGCUUUCACUGGAGCUAAGUGUGAAGCGGCUGGGCAGAGGAUUGGCGUGUCCUAAUCUGACACAAAGGUUUUGAGCUGGAAAAGUGAAGCGUGCCUUCUCCGGGUAGGAGAAGAGGUCCAGCACCAAGAGGAGGAAUCCACAAUUUGAAAAACGAAACUGAUCCCAGCAUAACAUUAAGAUCAAAAUGGGCACCCUGAUUGUUCGGUGGCUACACAUCCCCAUUUACAACCAUAUAUACAAACAUAAUGGGUUGGCUUUUUUCUAUCAGAACUUCUUUACCAAUCUGAGCUACAGAUUCUCACAUCAGCCCAUUUUCUCUGUACUUUUAACAAAUCCACUUGGAGGACGUUCAUAUUUUCAAAGGCCUGCGCCUCACCCCUCCUUUGGUAUCACAAGGGAUAAGCUGUGGCCCCCCAGUGACCAUUUACAGGAUGAAAUGGGCUUAGCCAUUGGACGGAUUGAAGGCCGGGAUGCAAUUUGUGAGAUCAUAUUUUCGCAUUGUGGGAAUUAAACGUCAAUGGGCCUUGGCUCUUUUUGAAGCUGCUGGUAUUGGCCGUUUUAGUCUAAAAGCGAGCUUUGAGCCUUAAAAGGUGUGGAGCAUUGCCUGUGACCCAAAGAGCCGGUAUCUCACUAAAUUUAUUUUCAUUUCGUUUCAAGAUGAGCAGCUUAAUUUUUCUGUUUCUUUUUCGUUAUUAUAAAUAGUAAUUACAGACUGUGGAAACGUGAAGCGGAGCGCAGGGUCUGAAACGAGCCACUAGAGGGUGCUGCAGCUGUCUUUUUCAGACUUCAGGCGUUCGGAUUGUUUAGCUUUAUGGUUCUGAUUUUUCUACACUACACCUAGACAAAGUAGUUUUCCUGUUUUUAAAGAAAGUCAUUCUGAAAUAUUUUGCUUAUUUUAUUUAUUUAGUUUCCAAAUCCAGGCAUAAUCCUUACAUAUUUCAGCCCGCUGAAUGGAAUAUCCAGCUCAUUGUGUUGGUUUACUUUUCACCCUGUGAAAAUUAUUUAAGAUUUUACUAAAGGAAAUACAACAAAGAUCUUGCGAUAUUUAAGACGGAAACUGGUGAACCUUGUGCUCUCGUCAUAAUGUUACUCAGAUUUGGGAGAGAGAAAAACAACUGUUCAGUCAUUGGUUAGAUUGAACAGAUUGAGGCAAAUAACUAUAGUUCUUGACUGCUUUAAUCAAGAUCUUGUGUUUCUUAAAAAUGUUUUUCCCUGUCUCCAUUUGGCUCUCUGUUUAGUAGUUUCAAUUUGUAGUAAAAAUCCUUAUUUGCUGGACCAUCUUAUCCUUUUGGUUUCAUCUGUACAUUUAGAGUUUUUUCUCUCUCGUGUUUUUUUUCCAGGCCUUUUUCCUUUUGCUUUGUAGAUCCUUUGACUCAGCUCCCUCUGCGUUAAUUAGUCUCCCUCCCUCAGUUUCCCUGUUUUCAACCUGCUGCAGCUGUUCCAAAUCUCCUUUGAUUAGUUCAUCUGAUUCCGUUGUCGUUUUCCAAGCCUGUUUCAGUACUCAAGCUCCUGGUGUUUCAUUGUUAGUUGCUUGAUUCUUCCGUUGGAAAGGUUGUAGGUGGAAAAGUGAACAGAAACACAACUUAAGAGAAAAUCAGCAGGUUUCUCACUGACCCAGAAUCCAAUAUGGCUGCCUUGUACAUAAAACGUAAAACUUUCACAGAAAUGUCUGUGAAUCCUCAGUUAGUGACCAUGUUGAAGUUUUGCAUUGUGCAAAUCGGAGCGAAAUACAUUAUUAGCUUAUAUUGCUAACAGCGUUUAGCUUAAUCAAUGAGUGCAUUAGUAAGAAAAUCCCAAUUUUUGUUUUAUUUUUUCAAACUUGGAGCUGUAACAUAAGGCAUCAGUAGCUGCGCUUCCUUUACAAAUGUACGUAAAAACUUUGUUGAUAUUCCACUGAUGUCGGAAAAACACAAUUUGGUAAUUGCAGCGCUUCCAUGGAAAGAGAAACGCCAACAUUCUCCCACCACUUCCUGUCGUCUUUCUUCAUCGUUUCCGCCAGUAGUGACGUCGGGUUUUUGAUCACAUGACUCGUGCGAUGUGAAAAAAAGUGUUUCCAUCGCACUUUUACAAAACACACUAAUCUUGAUACGGCUGAAAAUCCACCUCAUCCUAGCUCAAAAACGGUUUAGUUUAGUUUUUUUUAAUUGCCGUGUUUCCAUUAAGUGAAUUUGUUUUCAUAAUUCCAAUUUGUGCUGUUACAUAGUAUGAAAACGCAGCCAGUGAAAUGCUGGGAAAGUGAUUUUUUAUUUACCAAACAACUUAGAUAUCACCAGCGACGAUUGCACCACAGUUUGAAAAAGCCUGCUUAUAAAACAUCAGUUUCUUACACUUUUUAUUUUUAUUUCAUUUUUUAUUUCUUUUACAUGAACACCUUUCUCGAAUCCUCCAAGAGAAGAUGAUUCCAGUUGAAAUCCUCUUCUUUUCUACUGGUAAAUGUUUGCAUUGAUUCGUGAUUUCCAAAGAUCACAACGAUGACUGUAGGAGCCCCCGACAGAUUUCAUCUUCACCACAUUAGAGAAACCAAAAAUAGAGAGCAAUAAGGUAAAAAAAAAAAAAAAACAUUAACACACGUGUACACAAUCUCAGCUGGGUUUUGUAAUAAAAACCAGUCCAGCACCAAAGGACUCAUCUCCCAUCGACUCAUUUAUUAAAGCGCCAUCUAAUAUCUCUAAAGUUUCUCAUCUUUGGAAACUGAGACCUCCAGAGAUGUACAUGUGAUAUUAAAAUUGUAUGUAAAAUGUUGCUCUGCUUUUUUUUUUUUUUUUUUUUAGCAAAGUGAGAUGGUUUUGUAUGUUGUGUAAUUAGUCCUGAUGCCAUGCUCAUGUUACGCGACAACACUCUGCAACAGAAGUGAUUUCCGACAGGCACUACGAGGGACAAAGUAUUUUUUUUUUUAUAACUGUCUUACUUAUUAGUCCCAAUGUCCAGUUUGGAGGAAACGUCAUUAAACAUGUUAGAGAAACGCAA